AACAUUUUGUCCUUGGCAUAUGAAACAUGCGAGAAUAUGUUUCCAUUCAAUAAAGCUUGACUUCUUAUAUUCUUCACAAUAGAAAGCAGACUCGCGUGCUCGAUAACAAAUCCGUGCGGUUCCACAGCAAGCUUCCAUUAGAUUCUUCUAAAAUUGCGGAUGAAGGGGAAAAUCCUGAACUAGCUACAUAUAUAUUCCAAGUCAAUAUUUGUCUUCCGAAUAGUGUCGUUUCAGCCUUUUCCCAAUUUGCUGUCAAGAAUAUCAGCUCCCCAUGAAUUCUGUAAUACGCAUAAUGUUGGAUUCAUCUUUUGCUCUGCUGUUGAUGGACCGAAUCGCUACAGUCCACUCUCUCGUCUACGGAACCCCGACUGAAAAUUGUCAGUCAAUGCUUCCGCAACAUGAUAACUAUCUACCGCAAUGGAUGGAUCCACCGCCUUACAACUUAUCAGCUUCGAUUAUUUUUGACAGCACUUCCAACUCCUUGGACCAAUACAACGUUACGCUGAUUGCUGAACGUCACAGGACAUUUAAGGGAUUUUUCAUUCAAGCUCGAUCCUUAAUUGACCACACGAUCGUUGGUUCGUUCGAUCCAGUGGAAGACCCCGAUGUGGCUCAAUUAAUCGACUGCCAUGGCGGCACUCAGAAUGCUGCAACACACGUUAUCAACUAUCCGAAGAGUGUCGUAAACUUCGUAUGGAAACCACCAGCCAAUUUUGAGGGCAAAUUCUACUUUGAGGCCACAGUGGUAGCCGAAUACAAGGUGUUCUGGACAGGAAUAGAAACCCCGCCAUUCAAUAUCACAAAAACCGGUCAGUAGAAAACCCUGGCGGGAUAAAGAGAAAGAAACCACUUAAACAAAAUUCAACUAUCUACAUGUAAAACCAAUGUUCCUAAUUACUGCUCAGCAAGAAACUUAAGUUCCUAGACUUACCUCGCACUAUAAUAGUUCCUAGCGUUGAUUCACUCCUGUCGAAUUCUGAAAUACACUUUACAUCAUGAA